AUGUUGUCCCGACGAGCAUUGACUCUGGCCGCCAGGUCAAGCCGAACCACGGCCCGAUCAUCUCCUCAACCACUCCUCCAACGAGCACAAUUCUCCAGCGCGCUGUCUAGAAGGGCGGAACAGCAGGUCGAUGAUCCGGAAAUGAACGGCAACUACAUCAACCCACCACGAAUCAAGAGACAACAUCGUGAUCCCUACGGCGAUUGGGAUGACAAGCAGGAGCGCCGUAACUUUGGAGAGCCUGUGCACGAGGACAACGAGGUCCUGGGUAUCUUUGCCUUGGAGGAUUACACACACAUGACUCCCGCCCGAGGUGCGCUGAUGUGGGCUGGCUUCAUCGGCGCCAUCCUCACCGUCUCAUUCGCUGUUCGCGCGACAUUUCCCGGCAAACCUAGUGUACCGACCGAGUACGAAGGUGGACUGGAGAAGGAAUUGGGAGGCCCAGGUGCACACAGGGCGUUCCAAGCAGGUGAUAGCUAUGAAGUGUAA